AUGCCAGAGGUCACGGAGGGCGCCACAGCUCACGAUAGGUUUCCACCACGAUCAGUCUCUCUCCAGCCACUGCGAGGUCUCCCAGCCGAAAUCGAUAGCCACGGACCUCAUACGACCUUCGAUGAGAUCAUCCCGCCCGUCUCAAAUGCAACUGCCCGGAAGGCCUUUAGCCUCCGUAGUAUCUUGCAGAAGGCUCGGGGCGGAGAGAAGAGUCGUGUGGGCCGAGCUACCAAAUCGAACUCGCGAAGCAGCAGUAGCGGUGCCGGCAAGACGGCUUUCAAGGGCAGGAAGUUUGGGAAGAACGCACGCAACCCAACGACUUCGCUUGGAGCUAUAUCAACGCCGAUAGUUGUGCCUACUCCCUCAUUGUUGCAGCAACUUGGAAGGAACCACAUCGACCUUAGCCCAAGUCAAGACACUCCUGCAUAUCUUCAGCAGGCAGUGUCGACACCGUUCAAGCCCGCCACUCCGGAAUCACCGAACCGCCAUGCUCCGCCAACAUCGUUUGCCACGCACAAUAUGAAUGCCAUGGCUGGGCAUCACGAAACCCUGACCAUGCCUCCACUUCCUCUGUCUCGCCCUACAGAACUUCGCAGACCAGAGGGAAACGCAACUAGUGAUGCAGGAGUGCAGACCGAACCAUCCGCCAACGGUUCGGCCUGGACCUGCGCACACUUCGAUGCACUCAGUGAAUCCGUCUGCAGAAAAGUCCGAGAAGCGAACACAAGUGCACAAAGAGACCAGUACCUUGAGAUGGCUCUUGAAGUUCAGAAGCUGCUCGUCGACUACCAGCGGUUGGGAGAGGUUGUUGAAGACACUUCUAAGUUCCUCAACCAGAAGAUGAUAGAAAGGAAGUCGAUCGAGACCAAGCUUCGAGCUAUGAUGGAGGAGUCAUAG